AUGGGCAAUUCAAAUUCUCGCUUCCAUUUCCCAUCAAAGUCUUCCCGUCGUAAGAAAAGACUCCAGCUCUCUCGCACAGCAAGUCUCACAACUUUAGCAGAGACUAUUCAGCCGACUAGACAGCAACCAGAGAAUACUAGGGUAAAGCUGAACUACUACUAUUACGGUAACGAAUGGGAAAAGGUAUGCGAGAAUGAAGCGGAAAAUGGUGAGGCCGGUAGUGAACUAGAGUUGACUGAAUUGGACAAGUACUCUGAAACCUUUAGAGCAGAUUCAAAGAAUAAACUGGUGCUGAAUGCAAUCGCCGAGAAUGACAUAACCAAAGUCCUCUUACGAAGAGACAUAAGAAUUGCCGAUUUGCACACGUUUAGCGAAAAGCUCGAAAUAGAGGGGAAAGCCACGGAUCAAAAGGCAUCAGGGAGAUGUUGGUUAUUUGCUGCUACGAACGUGUUACGGUUGCAUGUUAUAAAAAAAUAUAAUCUCGAGGAUUUCGAAUUAUCACAACCGUAUUUGUAUUUCUACGACAAGCUGGAGAAAUCAAACUGGUUUCUCGAGAACAUGAUUUCACUCGUCGAUGAACCGGUCGAAUCUCGUCUACUCCAAUACCUCCUCUCUGAUCCGAUUUCCGACGGCGGACAAUGGGACAUGGUACUCAAUUUGGUUGGCAAAUAUGGCGUAGUUCCGAAAAGCGCUUUCCCGGAAACUUAUCAAUCCUCAAACUCGUCCCGUUUGAACUCGAUUCUCACGGCAAAAUUAAGGGAAUAUGCCCUGGAAAUAAGAGAAUUACACAAGCUUGGAAAGGGUGUCGACCCGAUGAGGCAGACAAAGAAAAAGAUGAUGGAAGAAAUUUAUAGAAUUGUUGCAAUUGCGCUGGGUGAGCCGCCAAAGGUGUUUGACUGGUGCUUCAGAGACAAAAAGGGCAAGUUUUGGGAAUAUACCAACUUGACGCCCGAAAGGUUCUUUAAUGAAUUCGUUGGAUAUAAGGCAUCCGAAACGUUUUCUUUGACAAACGAUCCUCGUAAUCCCUACUACCGCCUAUACACAGUAGCCUAUCUCGGUAAUGUCACGGGUGGACUUCCAAUCCGCUAUGUCAACAUACCUUCUUCCAAAAUGCAAUCCAUAGCCAUCUCAGUCUUACGUUCCAAGAAACCCGUUUGGUUCGGAGCCGAUGUUGGAAAAUUCUCCAACUCUCUCCUCGGAAUUCUCGACAACGAUAUCUAUGACUAUUCUCUCGGAUUUAAUAUUAGCUUCAACAUGAGCAAGGGUGAUAGAUUGCAAUACGCCGAGUCAGCAAUGACUCACGCAAUGGUGUUCACCGGUGUACAUUUGGAAGAUGGGAAACCUGUUAGAUGGAGAGUGGAAAAUUCAUGGGGUCAAGAUAGAGGGGACAAAGGAUACUUUGUUAUGUCGAACGAUUGGUUCCAGGAAUGGGUUUAUCAGAUUGUGGUUGAGAAGGGUGAUGUGGAAAAAGAGAUAUCGGACAUAUUAAAUCAGGAACCUGUAGUAUUGCCCGCAUGGGAUCCGUUGGGAUCAUUAGCUAUGAAGUAA